GCAUGCCUAGGCAUCACCACGCGCGCACACAACACAUCGGACGUCCAUAUUACUUCCAAUCCGAUGGCGUAUGACAGGUCUGAUGGGUGCAUAUCAUGGUAGUCUGACGCCUAGGAUAAAUUCGUGCGCGUGCUCAUCUGCAUCCGCACCAUCUAAACCCUAGCUAGCCGCCGCCGCUCCCUGAUCGACUGCUCUCUCCUCGACCUUCACCUUUGCACACCGCCGCUGAGCGCCUGCGCCGUGACUUAAAAUGCCUCGCCGCCAGCGGGCGGCGAUGUCGUCGGAAUCGGAUGAUGCUAGUGCGCCGGAGUGGGGAUCGGAGGAUGAGGAUGACGAUGACGAGAUAGCUGCACAGGGGGCAGCCGCAGCGACUUUGGCGGCGGGGUUACCGAUCAAGCUCGUGAUCGACACCAAGACUCAGAAGGUGCGGUUCGCCGAGGCCGGAAGCGACGUCGUGGAGUUCCUCACCGGCCUCCUGUCCCUGCCGCUGGGCACCGUCGUCGACCUGCUGACCAAGGAGCGCAUGGUCGGCAGCAUCGGCAACGUCCCCGGCAGCGUGGAGAAGAUGGACGCCGGCUACAAGGGCAAGGAGCGGCGCCUCAGCCCGGCCGUCACCCCCGCCGCGCUCUCCCGCCUGCAGCAGCUGCUGAGCGCGCACCUCAUCAACGGCCGAACCUGCUGCCAUUGCACCAGUUCCACGUACAAUGCUGCCGCCGCGGGAACAUCCACGACGCCGUCGCUACCCACGGCCACGUACACUGUCGGGGACGACCUCUCGGUGACUCCGGCUUCUUUUUUCACGACCAUGUCGCUUCUGGGCAUCGCGCAGUUCGCACAAUUUGGUGGCGAGGACCUCAGCACGCUGCAGGAGAAAACCGUGAAGAUCGGCAAGGAAGAGGCGCUGAGGAUACUCGCUGCUUCCCUCCAGUCCAAGACCGUGCUGACGGAUGUCUUCCUCAAGAGUCAAGAGUGAAGCCAUUGUCCACUAAUAGUAAUUCAGAAUUUUUCAUUGUCAUAUAUCAUUAUGAUAGAAAGGAUAUGUUUUUCAAUAUCACUUGAAUUUAGUCGUGAUGGCAUAUUUUUCUUGUGCGGCUGCUGCCGUGAUGAAUCAAAGAUUCUGCCAAUGUUGCUUU